AUGGUUCGCUUGUCUAUUUCUCUAUUCUUGGCCGGUGCAGCCACAUCUUCUGCCUUUGCUCCCACUUUGCAACCAAGAGUCGUUCAAACAUCUAUUCAUGCUGCCGCGAUUGAAACCCCACCGUCACCGUUGACUGCCUGGGGUGAAACCAUUCAAGAUAUUAAACAAGCACAAGCAGAAUUCAAAAAGCAAAAAUUGCCUGAAUUCGCUCCAGAAAUCUCGUCUGCUGAUCUCGGAAUUGCCAGCGACGACAAGGAAGCUCAAUUGAAAUACUUUGAAGAGAAUGCUAUGGAGAUUAAGAAAAAGAUGGAACUACAUGGUGCCGUCGUUUUCCGUAACUUUGAUUUGAUGAAGGAGCAAGAGGGAUUCCAACAAUUCUACAACGCAAUUGGCAUGAAGGUUUGCCAAGAUCCUUUGCAAUCAGUUUCCGCUCGACCGACUGCUGAUGGAAAGAAGGAUUCUCCAGUUUACGAAGCCGUCAACAAGGAAAGCCGGAAGAACUUUUUCAUUGGCAUGCAUAAUGAAUUUGUUGGUACUCGUGCACCUCGAGCUGCCGCUUUUGUUUGCUUCAAGGCUGCAGAAACUGGUGGAGAAUUCAUCGUUGCCGAUGGACGUCGUAUGUUCCGGGAUCUUGACCCUGAUGUCGUUGAGGAAUUAUACAACCGCAACAUUCGUUACUCUGUCAUGGAGUUGCCAUUCUUUGGCUGGAUUGACAGCAUUCCAGAGCCCAUCCAAGAAACAGCCAAGGCUGGCGUCAAAGGAUUGGUCUCUGCUGCAAUCAACGCCAAGGUUGACUUUAGUGUUGAGAUGCUUUGGGGCGAAGGUGGAUAUGACAACAAACGAAUGCUUCAGGCUCGGGCACCAAGCCAACCACCAAUCGUUCUUCACCCUGUGACUGGAGAGCCAACAUGGUUCUGCAACGUCCACUCUCAUUCAUCCAAAUUGAGAAAGGAAAGAGAAUCCCUGUAUGGAGCCGAGCGAUUUGAAGAUGGUGCCUCCCAAAUCAACAAAUCUGACAUGUUCUAUGGUGAUGACGGAGAUAUCUCAGAAAAGGCGCUCAAGAACAUGGACGAAACCACAUAUAAGAAUGCUCGCUAUGUCAAGAUGUCAGAGGGAGAUGUUGUUCUGCUAGACAACUACAAGUGCAUGCACGGGAGAAAUGUUUUCGAUGGAACAAGAAAGCAUGCAGUCGCAUGGUUUGGGGGUUUCGAAGGCGAGGAAGAAGUGAAGGAAAUGGUUGCUGAGGAAAUGAGCAAGCUUGGUUCAGACAAGGUUCCCUCCUUUGGAAAGUAG